AUAAUAAAUUAUGUUAUUAUUGGGUCAGUCAGUGUUGUGUGUAGUAAAUCGGUAAAAAUGGUGUCAAAAUUGAAUAAAAUUCUUUUAAUUGUUGCGGCUACGGUAUUGGUCAGUGCCCUGGUGGUGUGUGUAGUUUUACUAGUAAUGCAAUAUGGAGAGGAUGGAUUGCAUGAUGAUGGUUUAGGUUGCGAAAUCGACCCGUUCGAAGUCGACCUACACCCUCUAAUCCUCCACUCCGGCACCACCAAAUUCCUCUAUCCAACAUGGCCGGAAAAGACCCUUAAAUUCACCGCAAAUCAACCGGUGGAUUUCGUAUGCCCCGGACGUGAACUCCUCCUAGGUUCAUCCCGAACAAACCGCUCACUUUUAACGGGAAAAUGCAUCAAUGGCACCAGAUUCGUCAUCGAUAAUGAUGAGCAAGUCAUGGACUGGAAUAUGCUCGAGUGCAUUACUGCCCCUUUCAGGACCCUUAGGGCCACCAAUCAAAGCUGUUCCAGCGAUGGCAGAGAGUUGGAAGUCGGAUUUUUGCUUCCCGAUGCAAGAUUUGUACGCAGUCUGCUUAUAUGCUUCAAAUGGGAGCUUCAGAUACCUUAUUGGACUUAUAUAGAGCAAACGGCUUCGAUUAACCAAAGGGUAUUGGGCACCCCAAGGCCCUCAUGGCUUCAGGGCUCAGGAGUAUAUACAAUCGGUUCAGUAACAAACAUUUAUUUAAGAAGAAACCAGAGGGCGACAAUAAACAAUUUAUUAGGACUAAACGAAACCUCUACAAAGUAUAUACAAGAUAACAGCAACUACUAUUUGGCACGUGGUCAUUUGACCGCUAGAUCGGACAAUUUUUACGCUGCACAGCAAAACGCCACCUUUUUUAUGCAAAAUAUCGCGCCACAAUGGCAGACUUUUAACGGUUUCAAUUGGAAUCAAGUGGAGAUUGACGUAAGGGACUACGCGGCCAACCACGGGGUGGAUCUACAAGUCUGGACCGGAGUGCACGGUGUGACCACGUUACCCCACGAAAAAACCGGAGAGCCGGUGGAGUUGUACCUGUUUGUGAAUUCCACGUUAAAGGCUUUACCGGUGCCGGAGAUUUUUUAUAAAAUCGCUUAUAAUCCUUUGACCGAAAGGGGGGUGGCCCUUAUAGGGGUUAACAACCCUUAUAACGGUACUUAUUCGCCAAUAUGCUAUGACGUGUCGAGUCAAAUAAAAUGGCUGAAUUGUGACAAAACGAGCCAAAGAAUGGGGUUCUGUUACGCUUGUAGCAUCACCACUUUGAGAUACGUGGUCAUAUCAUUGCCGGAUAUUAGCGAUAGGGGAUUAUUGCUGUAGCGUUUAUAAUAUAUUUAUUGGCUUUUUGUCUAGAUAAACUUGAUAUAAUUAUAGAGAGUAUUAAUAAUAUAAUAAGUGAGACUCGAUUUAUACAAAACCUGAAAAACUUUUCUAUUCCAGGCUUUAUAACUAUAGUACAAUUGAGAGGCUUGGGAUAACAAGGUACAUAAGUAAUUUAAUAAGAACCCAAAUUAUUUUGUUGUUUACGCAGAAUAUAUUGGACAUUUUGAGUCAACAACAAACCGAUCAGACAAUUUGUCUAUAAGUCAUUUUAGUUCAAAUGAGUAUAACAAUCGGAGAUUACUAUCCAACUGAUAGUGAGCUUGAAUGACUAUCUGAAUCUAAAAUAAUGGGAAGUAAACAAAAUUGUGGCAUAUGCCUUUUAUUGCUAUAAAUGUAGGUCCUCAAAUGUCCAAAAAUCUCAAAAAAGAAUUUUUUUGGGUAUCCAAUAACCAAUUUGUAUAAAAACAGUGUAAAAAUUUAAGUUAGCAGAAGUUAAUAGUUACAUAAAUAUUAGAUGAAAAUCUGAAAAAAUUCGAGUAUUGGAUUGGCCUUCCCGAUCACCCGAUUUGAACCCUAUAGAGAAUUUUUGGCCGCACUCGGAAAACUAAAUUAGAAAAAGAAACAUCAAUAACAACCCGAAAUAUCUAUGGCUAGUUUUGCAGAAAAAAAAUUGAAUUUUUUAGUAGUUGUUUUUUUGUUUAUAUUUUAAAAAUGUUUCCACACAUUUGUUCGCCACUGUAAGAAAAUUUUAAAGAGUACUGAUAAUCAAAAAUGUGCUAAAUAAUAUUUUUAAACUUGAGUGUUUCCGAUUAUAUUGAAACAAUUUCCAAAAUUUAUUUUGUACUAAGAGUUACCUACUACCAUUUUUGAAGGUAUUUUAUUAAUAACACAAAGGGUAGUUUUAUUUUUACAUGAAAAAGAUAUAUCACUUUUAAAGUCGUUUUUCUCAAAAAUGUGGCUUAUGUACCUUCUUACGUAAAUCUAUCUAAAUAAUUUGCCAAAAACAGAUGGUAUAAGCAUAGCGGUGGGUGAUUUCAACAUUGAUAUUUUAAAUACAUCAAAUAUUCUAAGUUCUAGAGACGUUACUUCUUUACUAUAGCUAUAUCUCACUUAUUAAUUCAUACACUAGAGUAACACAAAAUAGUAAAACAUCCAUUGGUCACUUAUUCAUAUAGAAAACAAGUUCACUAAAAGAUAUUGAAUAUAGUUCCUAAAAAUGUGCGUCAACCAAGACAACCCAAGUAACAAUAACAACAAAACGAUUCAAUAUACAGUUUUUGAAAAAAAAAGUUUAUAGAAUUAGUAAAAACGUAAAUUAGUAAAAAAGUAAAGAAUGGGGUUCUGUUACGCUUAUAGCAUCACCACUUUAAAGAUACGUGGUCACAUCAUUGCCGGAUAUUAGCGACAGGGGAUUAUUAGUGUAGCAUUAAGUUCGUCGAUUUUGUAAUAUAUUUAUUGGCUUUUUAUGAUUUUUAAUAAACGGAUUUGAUAAGA